CCCAGCUCUCGGUAGCUCUUGGUUUUGAUCUGCUUCAUGUUGGUGGGUGGGACUGGGGAUAAUGGGUCCCGGUAGAGCAUGGAUCUGGAAGAAAAUGUUUGGUACAGAGGUCUGGCACAGAAUAACAAUACCACGUGCGAGAACGCGGGCUCGAAUACUUUCUCGCUCGCACACUACUACCUGUCGCGCUCAGCGGACCGACCGACCCGAACGUGCGCGAAGUAACUACUACGAGCGGCGCGGAAACCGAAAUAAAAGGCGCUGCGCGGCCGCCGAUCGUCAGCCGACACGGAAGAAGAGGACAACACCCCCACACCACACUGAACAUCACCAACAUCACCACCACGCCCACGCUAGCCCGAGCUGCCGGUCGCCUUCACUGCGGCCCCGAAACCCGGCCCAGCUCAAACGGUAUCACCGCGGGGUUGGAUAACGGCCGGUAGCGGUAGGGCUAGCAAUCACCGGAUCGCCCAGUCGUCCCCAAAACGACGUCAGACCGCCCCACGAGGAUGGGGCGCGCCCCGACACAGCGCCCAGCGCGGAAGGGGCCACUCACACCCCAGCAGGGGUGUCGAAUGAAGACACACCACCC